UUGGUUAUUGAGUCCCAUCUCCCUCUCCUUUCUAGGCCCCUUAAGAAUGAAGAGAAAGGAAGCCACCCUUGCAGGAUUACCGAUCAGAUUUCUCCCCAGGGUAGCAAUCCGGCAAUGACUGGCGUCAGCCUACUCUACUCCCUGCCGAAGCUGCUGGUUCUGGGCUUGGAGCUCCUGGUUCUGCGUGGCCAGGUCGAUGUUGUCUUGCAGGACACCAGCCAGCAGGCUUCGGUGGUGAUGCUCAGUGGUCAUGGCCUGCUCCUCCCACAGCCUUCGCCAGGCUCGGAAUACCUGUGCCCAGAUUCAGAGAUGCCUGUCAGUCAGUCAGCCUUGGAACCACUUCAAGGCCUGCCUUCUGACCUCACUGACCUGCAGCAUAUGGCGUGUCUGAGCUCGGGCAGCCUGCACGUGCAGGUCAUAGAGGGCUGCGAGGUCCCGCUCCGCAGUGUCCUGCUCUGCCUGAAGGGCCUCCAGCUGGAGCCUCAGCACUGUCUGCUCCCGGGGCCAUCUCUGCCUCUUCUUGGAGGCCUUCAGUGAUAAUACAUAGUCUUUGUUCAGUGCCACCCGUGUGCCAGGCU